CUGUCGGACCCGGUUGAAUUUAAAUUUAACAUCCAACCGAUUUGUUUGCCGCCAGAAUCAACGACGUAUGAGGCAGGUGAAAUAGUUUACGCCACCGGCUGGGGCACUACCUCAUAUUUCGGUUUUAACAGCGACCUGCUACUUGAAGUUGGAGUGUGGACUGUAGAUCGCGAGAAGUGCAUAAUGGACUAUAAAAAGUACGGUAAGAAGAUUAACGAUGAAGUAAUGAUCUGUGCUGGCAGUCCGUUCGGAGGCAAAGACGCAUGCGGGCGUGACAGCGGUGGCCCACUGAAUGCCCUUGACACAACUACAUACCGCUGGAUUCUUUAUGGUGUUACGUCUUUCGGCGAACAAUGCGGUUUACCCGACGCACCUGGCGUUUACACUAAAGUGGUGCCAUAUCUUCAAUGGAUUAGGCAGACUCUGAAAUAA